AUGAGAUUAUUGUUUUUCAUUGUGAUUAUUAAUAUGAUAUUUACUAUUAAAAGUAAUAAACUUUCUGAUCCAAAUUGUCGAUGCUUUCUAUUUGAUAGUACAAUGUAUAAAUCGGGUAUAUUUAAAACACCGAAUUAUCCAAAAAAUUAUCAAUAUGAAUUAAAUUGUUUAUUGUAUUAUUUUCAUGGUUUAUCUAAUGAACUAGUUAAAAUUACAUUUACAACAUUCAAUUUAAGGAAACCAAUUGAGAAAAAAUGUAUAGAUUACUUAGAUAUGUUUACUACAAUUGAAUCAAAUAAUCAAAUGACAAAACAUUCUAAUCUUAUGAAUAUCUCUUCAAUAAAUUAUUCUAGACCGGCGGAUUAUAGAUUAUGCGGUGAUUUAAAUGAUUUUCCACAAAAUGAUUUUUAUUCAAUUAGUUCUAUAUUAUUAUUAAUAUUUCAUACAGCAUCUAAAAUUCCUGGUAUCAAAUAUCAUCAACAAAUGGGAUUUAUUGGUCAAUUUACAUUUGAUUUAAAAAGUAAUUAUGAAAAUAAUGGAAAACAUAAAGAAAAUACAUUAUGUGAUUAUGAAUUUCAUUAUAAUAAUUUAAUAAAUAAUACAAUUAAAUAUGGACAUUUUUUUUCACCAUUUUAUCCAAGUAAUUAUCCACCAAAUAUUAAAUGUCAAUUCAUUUUUAUAGCUAAUAAUAAUCAACGAAUUUUAUUAACAUUUCAUUCAAUUCGAUUAAAAUCAAUGACCAAUGAAGAUAAUUUAAAUAAUAUAGAAAGAUGCAGUACAAGAAAUUCUAUACCUGUGCAAAAUGAUUUUAUUUCCAUAUCUGAGAUGUACAUGAAUAAAUCGAGAACAUUGGCAUAUCUUUGUACUAAUCUAAUGAAUAUACAACUUGUUUCACAUACUCCUAUAUUAAGAUUGGAUUUUAUCAGUCGUAGUCCUUUCUAUCAAGGUCAAGGUUUUCAUGGAACUUAUGAAUUUGUUCAUGAAUCUCAAGUUUUACCAUCUCCAUUUCUUGAAGAAGAUGAUCAAGGCGGUGAAACUAAUGAACAUGAAGAAAAAUAUCAAAAUUCUAGAAAUACUCAAGAUAAAUUAGAAAAUCUUUCAAAUACCAAUAAGUCCAGACUAUUUUUUGCAGAUGCUGGAUUUACAUCCACAAGAAAUAUGCAAUCUCAUGAAGAUGAAUAUUCAUCGGAUCCAGAUUUUAUGAACUUUCAAUAUUCUAAUCAAUUCAAUAAUGAAAUGAAAUCAAAAUAUGUACAAAGAAAAUUGAUUGUUUCAAAAGGUCCAGUAAAUCGUACUCAAGGAAUAAUUCAUUCACCUCAAUAUCCGGAACCUUAUCCACCUUCAAUUAUAACAAUGUAUACUUUUAUAGGUCAACCUACAGAGAUAAUUUUAGUUAAAUUUUUAUUUUUAGAACUUGGAAAUUCAAACAGCUGUGAAAAUGAAAAUCAAUCAUUAGGUGAUCGUAUUCAAUUAAUCGAUGGAAUACAUAAUGAUGAUCCAUUAAUUAUAGAAUAUUGUGAAAAUAAAAUUAUAACUAAUAAUCAACAAAAUUUGUAUACACCAAUGAAACCUGAAUAUUUUAUUUCAUCAAAGAAUUUAAUGGUAUUAAUAUUUAAAAGUGACCAUAUCACUAGACCAAAUGAAUUAGGUUUUAAAUUAUUUUAUAGUUUUGAAUUAAAUGAUCAAAAUCAACUAAAACAUACUUAUAAAGAAGAAAAAGAAAGAAAAGAAAAAGAAGAAAAAGAAAAAGGAAAAAAAGAAAAUUAUUUAACGAUAACUAAUCAAAAUGGAAUCAUUCAAAAUAAACCGGUUAAUUGUUCAAAGUUUACACUUAUUACUGAAAUUAGUUUAAUUCUGCCUAUCAUCAUAUGUUUCCAAUUGAAAGAAAACAGAUAA